CUCAACAAAGCUCAAUCUUUCUCAAGAUCUGCUGCUCUCUUCCUCCUCUCUCAAAAAAAAAAAAAAAAAAAGCUAGGGUUUUUAGGGAAAAUGCGGGCGCUUUGAUCGAGGAUGGAGGCCAAUGGUGAGCUGGAUCGGCUCACCGGCCAGUGAUCGGACUGCGAUUCUUGAUUCCUUCGUGAUUUGUGAAGAUGGCGCUUGCUCGUUUGUUGAUCUCGCUGUGUUUCCUCGCCUUGGAUUCUUGCUGCUUGGCUGCAACAACUCCAGCACUGGGUCCAUCCAAUCCACCUAAAAUUCGGAUGAUGAGACGGUGGGCACCGACACCAUCCCCUUCGGCUUCACCUAGAUAUCAUGGACGGUUUGUGAACCCUCCUUCAACUAAGCUUAACCCAGGAGAACCUCCUGCAGUUUCCCCCAUCUCAUUCACCCCACCGCAAGAUAAAGGUUGUGGUGAAAUGGCCUGUUCUGGCCCCCUCACACAAACUCCGAUUGGUUCACCUUGUGGAUGUGUGUUCCCUAUGAAAGUUGUUAUUGAUGUAGGAGUAAUUUCAUAUGUAUUGCUUCAGCUUGUUCAAGAGCUAGAAGUUGAGGUUGCAGCUGGGACAUUUCUGAAGCAAAGUCAAGUGAAGAUCAUAAGUGUCCUGACCAGUCCUCGUGAUCAAGGAAAGGCAGAAGUAACCUUGUAUUUAGUUCCGCUAGGAGAGAGGUUUGAUAAGAUGACUGCCUUAUUGAUUUAUGAGAGGUUUUGGCAGAAGAAAGUGCCGGUGAACAAAUCAUUAUUUCACGAGUAUGAAGUGAUUAAUGUUCAUUACCCAGGACUUCCUUCACCUCCACCAUCCUCAUUUGGGCGAUCAGCAUCUGGGCCUAGUGAACCUGGAAGCUACCAAUAUCCUUUUACAGCAAAUGUACCCACUGACAAGACUCAGAAGAUGAAUAAUAGAAUCAUUGCUGUAGUUGCACUUUCCUCAUUAAUCCUUUUGCUUCUAUGCCUUGGAUUUGUUAUUUUUGUCUUGAAAGCGGUCAAACUUGGAAAACCAGCUACUACCCUUGGCCCCGCUAGCUCAUCUAUUGCUAGAAGACCAGGAAUCAGAUCUCUACUACCCAGUAGUUUAGCAAGCUCAAGAUCUGCAUCCUUUCUUUCCACCAUGGCUACUUGUCCACAAUCACUGAGGACUUUCUCACUGUCCGAGCUUGAGAAGGCCACAGAUGAGUUCGACAUCAAACGAAAGCUAGGCGAAGGUGGCUCUGGCUGUGUCUACCAUGGGAUAAUGGAAGAUGGAAGUGAUGUUGCUGUCAAGUUGCUUAAAAGGGUAAACCAGGACAGAGAUCGUGAAGGUGAGUUUAUUUCAGAAGUUGAAAUGCUUAGCCGACUGCAUCACCGUAAUCUUGUAAAGUUGAUUGGUAUAUGCAUUGAGGGACGCAAGCGUUGCCUGGUUUAUGAGCUUGUUCGCAAUGGGAGUGUUGAGUCCCAUCUUCAUGGUGCUGAUAAGGGAAAGGGACCUCUAGAUUGGGAUGCACGCAUGAAGAUUGCCCUUGGUGCAGCAAGAGCCCUGGCAUACCUACAUGAGGAUUCCAAUCCCCGUGUCAUACACCGUGAUUUUAAAGCCAGUAAUGUGUUGUUGGAGGAAGAUUACACCCCAAAGGUUUCAGAUUUUGGGUUGGCAAGAGAAGCAUCAGAAGGAAGUAAUCAUGUUUCUACUAGGGUUAUGGGAACUUUUGGAUAUGUCGCUCCUGAGUAUGCAAUGACAGGGCACCUCCUCAUCAAGAGCGAUGUCUACAGCUACGGAGUCGUGCUUCUAGAACUUCUAUCUGGUCAAAAACCCGUGAUGUCAAACCUCGAGGGUCCAGAAAACCUCGUUGUGUGGGCUCGUCCUCUUUUAGGAACCAAAGAAGGCCUCGAUCAACUCCUCGAUCCCUACUUAAAAGAGAAUUAUGACUUUGAAAACCUCUCUAAAGUAGCAGCAGUAGCUUCAAUGUGUGUUCAUAGCGAGCCAUCACAGAGGCCAUUCAUGGGUGAAGUAGUACAAGCAUUGAAGCUUAUUUGUAGCAAUAAGGAAGAGAUUGGCUGUGAAGAUUCUAACAGUCAAAAGGAUUCUUCUUUUGGUCAAGAUUUUGGCCCUGAGAGCAGUUGGGGUGGAGCUUCACCUUCGUUGGUUUAUGGUUCUUUUCUCAAUAUGGAAUACAGUUCAGAUUCAAUGGAAGAGAUAAAGAGGGCUCAUUCAGUGGAUUCAUUGGUUAGGUUCACUCAGUCAGGGCCUCUGAGAGCGAAGAGGAAGAAGAAGAGGGAGCUUUGUAAGUUAAGAGGGAGUGUUAGUGAACAUGGACAUCCUUAUGGAUAGUUAGGGUUUGUAUGGGGGAAAAAACUGUCAUCUUUAACCCCUAUAAUAUUUUCCUUUAGUUCAAAUGUACAGUGAUAACAUUUUUUUC